AUGUCCGGCGAAAAAAAUCUCUCCACGCUCCUCUCCACUAUGCAACCAGUUCUGGACCCAGAGACGUACGUCUUUGUCACCACAAAAGAAGCUCUCUCGUCACUUCCACUAUCUACAUUGAACCCGCAACUCAUCGCUCAAGAAGCUGAAGGCACCACAAUCGUCACCACAGAAGCUCUAGCGGCGUCCCACGGCUUCAUGGAGACAGUCUUCCCGUGCCGCAAGAUCUCGCUGACGAUCCAUUCAAGCCUGGAGGCAGUUGGACUAAUUGCGGCGAUCACUGAUCGGCUCAAGGAUCAUCAAAUCAGUACCAAUGUUGUGAGUGGGUUUUUCCAUGAUCAUAUCUACGUCCCCGCUGGGCGGGCAGAUGAUGCAAUGAGGGUUUUGGGGGAGUUCGCGCAGGAUGCGAAGGGGAGAUGA